AUGGUGAAGUGGCAGAUCCACCUGGACCUCCAGUGUCCGCACAGCAAGAGGGUCUUCGACCAGCUCGACGACCUCAAGGCUGCCUUUGGGGACGAGUACGAGAUCUCGGUCGUGCUGACCGCGCUGCCCUUUCAUCACAACGCCUUCUACGCCAUGCAGGGCGCCUACGCCGUUGAGUCCCUGGCUGGCGCCGCCGCACGAGACAUGUUCAUAAAGGAGGCCUUCGCGCAGCAAGGCACCUUCGAAAACUCACCGACGGCCGCGAUGCCGCGCUCAAAGGUGCUGGAGUUGUUCGCUGGCAUCGCCGAGCAGGCGUGCAAA